AUUUGAAUUUCCUCGACCGUCAAUAGCUAGUCAACAACCCGAACUAAUGCAAUCAUCAUUUGCUACUCCAGGAUUUCCUACACCAUCCUUUGUUGAUCCAAUACAUUCGCAACCACCACCGGCUCAUCAACGAAUUGAUCAAUCAACGACUGCAUUCCAAUUUCCGUAUGCUACGGUAGUACCAACAGCGAUAGCUUCCGAAAAUCAUCGUGCUAAUCAACAAUCCUUAAGAAGUGGUCCAUCAAGUUUGCAAGCUAUUCCAACUAUUAAUGAAUCAUUAUCAACUGAUAAACUUUGCGCUGUUUGUAAUGAUCGUGCUGUAUGUCAACAUUAUGGUGCUCGUACAUGUGAAGGAUGUAAAGGAUUUUUUAAGCGAACAGUUCAAAAAAAAGCGCAAUAUGUAUGUACGGGCAAUAAAAAUUGUACCAUUGAUAAACGAUUUCGUAGCCGUUGUCAAUAUUGUCGUUUUCAGAAAUGUAUCGCAGUUGGUAUGGUGAAAGAAGUUGUUCGAUACGGUAGCUUAUCGGGACGACGUGGUCGUUUACCGUCAAAAACAAAAGUGCAACAUUCAGACGAUCCACCCAGUCCACCACUUCCAUUACUAACACUUAUCAAUAAAGCAUAUAUUGAAUCAAAAACAAUUGCUACACCAACACUAUAUAAUGGUAGCAUGGAGCAAUUAUUAUUAGCAAUGGAUGAGGAAUUUCAUUUCAUGUUACUUUUUGUGGAAAAAAUACCGAAUUCAACGGAGAUCUCUCAAAAUGAUAUUACUAAAUUAGUUGAAUGCAACUUUUUCGCAUUAUUAGCAUUGAAACUUUGUUAUGGCUGGACAGAAGGUAAUAGCUUACAUAUGGAACAAAUUGAAGUGGAUAUAGCAACAAUACCACAACCAUUAAAAUUACUUUUUACUUUAAUACAAGAAGAUGCUAAACGAUUUCAACAUCUCAUACAAUGGGAUCCACCAUCUUUUUCAGCUUUACUUGCUUUACAAUUUCUUAAUACAAAAGAAUGUGGUGUUGAAUUGCUUAACUCAGAUGCAGCAAUUGAUAAAUUACGAGGUACCAUAACAAGCGCAUUAAAAGAUCAUUGUUGCAAUUCAUCACCUCCUCAUACCAAAAAAUUACAAACAAUUAUUGCCCAAAUUGAAAUGUUCGCCCGAUUUCAACGUAUCGGACAAGAAACUCUAUCACUUAUUGUUUCAUCUGGUGUGCAAUUACCGCCUUUAGUAUCCGGUGCUAUUCAAACUGCCCAACGGUUUCCUGGUCCAUCGAAGUUGGACUUUACGGAAUUUUCAUUUUGCCCUUAA